AUGGAUCGGGUCAGCCGUUUGUGCCUCCUUUUCGACCAGGAUGAGGCUCUGUUGCAAAUCAAUACCGGGCUAAAAGUGGCUGCACCUGAGCCUAUCGUUGAGAAGCCCAUCUUAGAAGAGGUGUCUAGUGAACAGACCGCCACUCUAGUGGAGGACCUCGACAAAGUCUCACCUGACAAGGCGACUCAGCAACGGGUCACAACUGACCCCAAUUUGAAACCCGAUCAGGAGUCUGAAUCGACUGCAUCGCCAUCAUCCGAACAAAUCUCCAGCGCCGCCCCAGAUCCUCUAGAGAAUGACGGGUCUUUCUGUCCCCUAUUGGGCAUUUCCAAGUAUCCGUACAGGUUCCUCAAAGACAGGCUGUCUCAGAGUGUGGCCAGUCGAUUUUUCGAUCGUGGCCAAUUCUGGAGCAGAAGUUGGGAUGUUUAUUAUUGUCAUCUUCCCUCUCGCCUGGGGCCCAAGUUUCUCCUCCUCGUUCCUGCCUCCCAGUUCCGAAAGCUCAUUCGAGAAAUUAAUCGCGAGCUCGACUGUCAUUUGUCGUUGCCAUCAGACCCCAAACAAGGAAUGCUUCUUCCCUUCCGGGAGAAGAACUGGUAUCCCCAGCCCGUCUUCCUCGGCAAAUGCGAUGGCGUACAGGCCAAAGACGAGCUGCAGGCGAAGGUCCCUCCCCCGGCCAAUCAUGGCCAGCCAGAGGUAGACGAGCAAUACUUGGAAUACGAGACGGUCCUCGAGGCGGCAUGGGACUUGACCCGAAACAAGAGGAAGUCUAAAACCAAGCUGCAGCAGCGCUUCCAACAGCAACAGCAACUAGUGCAGUGCUACGAGCGCACACAGAGCUACCUGGGGUGGCAUUCUCACGAGUCCGAGAGCCAACCCGCCGUCCUUGACGCUGCCUCGUGGGCGGACAAGGCCAACAUUCCGAACACCCCCAGCCCAGCUGACUGGGACAUGACCCAGCCCAUGCCGUACCCCUUCUGGAAGAACCCGGUGCUCAUCAGCAUUGACGUCGAGUGCAACGAGCGAUGUCAUUCCCAAGUGACGGAGGUGGGCAUCUCGACUCUAGAUCUGUCGCGUCUGUCGGGCGUUCCGCCGGGCGAACAAGGGGCGCAGUGGACGGCGCAGAUCCAAUCGCGCCACCUGCGGGUGCACGAGUUCGGACACAUUGUCAACCAUGAAUUCAUUCGCGGCUGUCCCGCAUACUUCAAGUUCGGCACCAGCGAAUGGGUGUCACUCGCCGACCUGGCGGUGAUGGUACGGGAGGGAUUCACUCCAGCGUUGGACCAGGGAGGCGAGCCGCGCGCGGUGGUGGUGGUGGGCCACAACCCAUCAAUGGAUCUCGCGUCUCUCCGAGAGAUGGGGGCGCCCGUGGAGGUCAAGAGCAACGGAGUCGUCGACAUUGUGGACACGGCGGAGACAUGGCGCAUCAUGCGGGGCGAGUUAUCAGCGCGAUCCCUGGGUGCGAUUCUGGCGGAUCUGGGGAUGGCGGGCUGGCACCUGCACAAUGCCGGCAAUGAUGCACGCUACACAAUGGAGGUGCUGAUCCGGAUGAUGCUGAAUCAUUUUCUUGAGCGUAGGGCAAUGAGCACUAGUUAG